GUGUGUUUUUGCUUGUUGAAUGUCAAACUCGUCCGCUUGUUGUUUACAUCUCACGGGUUGAAACGUUCAAGCCGUGUUGGCCAGUUCUUGUCCACUUUUGUGCAUUUUUUUCUACAACUCCUCGCAAUUUCAUGUUUAACUAUUCCCAAUAAAAUUCUGCAAGAGAUACGGUGAUUUUUUCAAUAAAAAAUGUGUAGCAUCCCUGCAAAUCGUACGGGAUGUCUUUUCUGAGUUCAACCCCAAAGACGUCAACCACCAGGUAAAAAAAAGAAAACAAAAAAUCAAUGUUGUUUACACAGGCCGCACGCCGGGUACUGCAAAAUGGAAAUUACGCCGAUUGAAGAUUUAAAAAUCACGCCAGACGUCGUCCAACCAUACCCGGAUCCUUCGGUAGGGCGGGAAGCAGUGAUCGUGAUUGAUAAUGGCUCGUAUCAGUGCCGUGCCGGGUGGAUGCUCAAGGACCGCCCAGCGCUCACCUUCCGAAAUCUACUCGCGAAGCCGCGCAAAGAUCGCAACAAGAAGGACGUCGAAACCACCGCGGUACCCGUUACGCAGAUUGGAAACGAUAUCGUCAAUCUCGAGUCCAUGCGAAUGCAGUUGCGUACGCAGUUCGACCGGAACGUGGUCACACACUACAAUGUGCAAGAGCAGAUCAUGGAUUACAUCUUCACGAAGCUGGGCAUCAACGCCGAAAAUGCGGUACCGCAUCGCGUGAUGUUAACCGAGUGCUUGUUCAAUCCGAAUUACUGCCGGAGCUUAAUGUCUGAGCUGCUUUUCGAAUGCUACGAUGUACCGGGAAUAGCUUACGGGGUUGACGGUCUGUUCAGUUUCUACUCGAACCAGAGGCCCAAAAACGGGCUGAUCGUGGCCACCGGCUAUCACACAACACACGUUAUCCCGGUAAUGGCUGGCCGCAUGGUUGUGGAGAAUGUACGGCGCGUUAAUGUUGGAGGCUCGCACAUGAUCGCUUUCCUGCACCGCUGCCUGCAGCUAAAGUACACGAUCCACAUGAACGCGAUAACGCUUAGCCGAUGCGAAAUGUUGCUACACCGGUACGGUGAGUUCGCUUACGAUUACUUAGAGUCACUGCGUAACUGGGCCGGCAUCGAGUAUUACGAGCAGAAUAUUAGAAAGAUCCAACUCCCAUUCAACCAGCCGGCGGCUGUAACGACACUUACGAGCGAACAGAAAGUCGAAAAAAAGAAGGAACUUUCGAGACGGCUGGCGGAAAUCAACGCUCGCCGCCGUGAGGAGCGGAUGGCUCAGGAUGAGGAACAGCUCGCGCUGUUACAGCAACUGGAAGAGUCAGCGGAAGAUGGUGACGACAUUAGCGAUGGGUUGGCAGAGCAAGGGCUAAAGGACAUCGGGGAGCUUAAGCGGAUGAUUACAACGGUGAAUACGCGCAUUGAAAAAGCGCGCACCAAGCUACUCGCCCAAGGUGCCGGAAGUUCACAGCCGCAACAGGACACGGACAAGCUAAUGCAGCCACCCGCGAACAUGACCAUCGAACAGUGGGUGGAAGAAACGCGCCGCAAGCGGGAAGCGAUCCUAGAAAAACGGAAUGCACGAAAGCAACGGAAGGCAGAUCUUGCCAAACGCCGAACGGCCGCAGCCCAGGAAAGGAUGCGCAUCAUUUCUCACUUGGCCCGCAAAGAAAAGGGAAGCGACGAUUUCGGUAUGCGCGAUGAGGAUUGGGACGUUUACAAGCAGAUCAGCCGCGACGAGGAUAGCGAUCUGGAGCAGGAGAGUGUGCGUUUGCUGGAGUGCGAAAUCAUCCUCAAGCAGUACGACGCUACGUACGAAGAUCCGGUUAUGUUGACUGGUACCACCGCUGAACUUCACCAGCUGCAUCUCGGUGUCGAGUGUAUCCGAGCGCCGGAAAUACUGUUUCAACCAAGCAUUAUUGGCCUGCAUGAAGCGGGGGUUGCUGAGACAAUUGAUUAUGUGCUGAAGCUGUUCCCUCCAGAGCAGCGGCUAAGUCUUAUAGGCAACAUAUUUGUUACCGGCGGGUGUGCCAAAAUUCGGGGUCUUAAGGAACGGCUGACUCGGGAAAUGCGCGAGUUGUUACCGUUCCAAGCGCGAUUCGAAAUCGAUAUCGCCCGUGAACCCACGUUGGAUGGAUGGAAUGGUGCAAGUAAGUUCUGUCUAACCGAAACCUUUCGCCAAUCGUUGAUAACACGGCGAACGUAUGAAGAGUGUGGCGGUGAAUAUUUAAAGGAACACUUCAAUAGUAACGUGUAUUUUCCAACACCUAAAACAGCCGGCGGUUCCAUGGUUUUUCCUUCUUCUGGAGGGUCGGUCGGUUGAAUUGGCGGAUAAAAAAUAAAGAUUCGAACACAAACUAUCUCGAGCGUGCUUGAAGUUGAAACCGACUUGCGCAAGAAGGUUGUGAAAGGUGGACAACUACUCGGUAAACAUUUAUUUUGUUUAAUCCACAAAUUAACCGAGGAUUUACACGUUUUCACACAAAAAGGUCCUCCGAUAAGUGUUGUUAGAGUUAAUGAAACAAGAAUUGGUCCCUUGAACGUUUCCUUUCCCUCUCCGUCGUCCGUGUGUGAUUCGUAAAAAAGUUAUCGUCAAUCAACCUAGAACGCAUCAUUUUUGUUAUUUUUUGUGUGUGC